GAUCUAUCUUGGUAUUAGUGAAAUAAUGUUCUAACUAAAGCGUUGUUGCAAUAAGUAUUGAAUCAUUCAGAAUAUUAUAUAAAGUUUCAAGUUAUUCUAUACUUCGAAAAACUUCUCAAGUCAUUUAGAUUCUAAAUAUGCAUAAAAAGCAUGUUAGUUUGAAGCUAAUAAUAAAUACCCAUGUGUGACACAUUAAAAGAUGGAUCAUUACAAGUAUAUGUACCUGACACUCUUCAGCCUACCUCCCCACCCCCACACCCCAUAUGGCUCUCACAAAAGUUCAAGAAUUGAGGUUGAAUGCAGAACUAUAUGAAGCUCUACUGAAUGAAAAAGAUGAUCAAGUGAUUGAUUUAUGUCGAAAAAUUGCCAAGGGUCCUUUCCAUACACUUACAAUUCAUGGGGACACUGUUCUUCAUAUGGCUAUUUACCACACAAGAACCGAGCUCACGCUUAAGCUCCUAGAUAUGGUGAAUCCAUGCGAUUAUCACAAACUUACAGUCCAAAACCAUGGUGGAAAUACCAUCCUCCAUGAGACCAGCACAAACAGUAGAACGGUGGAAGUUGCAGCGGAGAUUCUUCGUAGGGCUCCUAUGUUGCUUAACAUGACCAACAAAGAGGGGGAAACUGCUUUAUUCUACGCAGCUCGUCAUGGGAAGACAGAAAUCUUUCGGUUUCUCCAUGAAGAAGUUAGUAGAACAACUGAAUGCCAAUGUUCAAAAAGCUUUCUUCGAAGAGAUGACAAAUUUACCUUACUCCACAUUGCAAUUCUUAGUAGAAACUUUUGGAUUGCAUAUCAGAUAGCUAUCACUUAUAGUGAAUUAGUUAUCGCAAAGGAUGCAGACGAGAUGACUCCUCUUCAACUUCUUUCAACCAUCAAACCAGAACUUCGUCCCAAAAGUGUCUUCAAGCGCAUCAUGUUCAGGAUAAUUGAUGCAAGUCCUAAGGUUAAAGGCAGGACAUUGGAGUUUAUUAAAGAUCUGAAGAAAGAAAAACAUGCUUGUGAAUGGGCACUUAAACUUGCUCAGUUGUUGAUUACAAAUGACAACUCAUGGCAGAAAACAGAAUCAUGGACUGAUAAGCGUGGUUCUAAAGUUCACGAGUAUGGAAAGACUACAUCCGCGCUUAAACAUGAGCAAAAGAUCGCAAUAGCUCAAGAAGCCAACAUUGAUCAGAAGCCGGAUACUCCAUUGUUAUUGGCAACUAAACAUAAUUGUCCAGAGAUUGUUGAGGAAAUACUCAAAGUGUAUCCUCAGGCUGUAGAGCAUGUUGAUAAAGAGGGACACAACAUUCUGCAUUUGGCAAUCUUGCAUCGAAGACUAGCGAUCAUUGAUGUGAUGGAAAACAUGGAGUAUCCAUUGCAAAGACUAAGAGGAAGGCUUGACAAGAAGUAUAACACUUUGUUGCACAUGGUUGGUCUUAAAGCAAAUGACCUAGAAGACGAGGUAAAAGAUCCUGCUAAACAAUUAAAAGAUGAUCAACGUCUAUAUAAGAGGGUGGCGAAGAUAUCUACAACCGUAGACUUGAUGACCCGAAACUCUGACAUGAAAACCCCACAGGAGGUGUUUUUUGAAACCAAUGAUAAACACCGUGAAGAAGCGAAGAGAUGGAUGUCUGAGAAUGCGAAAAACUGUUCUAUUGUUGCUGUUCUCAUUGCGACUGUCGCCUUUACUUCAGCAUACCAAAUACCAGGAGGUAAUAAUAAUGGUCAUCCGGUUCUCAAGGGCAAACCGAUGUUUCUUCUCUUUGCCUUGGCUGACGCCGUUUCACUUUCAUCAGCAUUUACAUCCGUUAUCAUUUUUCUCAAUAUCGUCACAUCACCAUUCCGGUUUAAGGAUUUUGAAUCGUCUCUUUAUGAAAAGCAACUUGCAGCACUUAUUUUGCUAAUCAUCUCUGUAGCAAUGAUGAUGGUAGCAUUUGCAGCCACACUUGUUUUAACUGUAAGUAACAACGCAACUUGGACAAACUUGACCUUGUAUGUUGUUUCAUUCUUCCCAGUGUUUGUUUUUGUCUACGAGUACAUACAAGUGUACUCGAAAAUAAUUGUGGAUUUCUGGUCGAUGCUCAAGAAUAUGAAGGUUAAAGUUGUUCUGAUGUUUCAUGAUAUUUGGGACUAUAAACGUCAAUCACUGCAUUCGGUUUCUGGUUUCGUUCAUUUACCCACUGGUUCUCUUGUUUGAGCUCCUGCCCGAUUUCUUUGGGCGAUCACACUUUUUUAGCUCUAUAGUAUUAAUGUGUAUUGUUUUUGCGUGUACUUAACUAACUAGAAUAAUUUCCAUUCUUGAUUGACUAUUUGGGGGAAAAUGUCGUGUUCCUGUUACAAUCGAAUGUAAUGAUGUUAUGUAUUAUGUAAAAUGUAUUGAUAUGUAUAAUGUAUUAAACAUAAAUAUGAAGAAUUAUCAAUGUUUGUUAUG